AGGAAAACAGCACCAGAGAAGGUAGCGGCAUACGUUCGUGACGACUACAGUGUAUUCUUUAGCCUCGGCAGGUUUUUCGAAGCUCGUUUCAUCAAGUGCAUCGAUCGGGCUGCCGUGGUGGCGCAGUAGCGGGGAAACUUUGUGCACUCCAUGAUCGCGGCGCGCACUGGCGCGGCCGUCGCUCUAAAGCGGUGCGUCAACUACCCAGCGGUGACGCGCGCCAACUUCCCCCUAGGCUUCAGCGUCACACGCCGAGCCGCCUCCAACGCCGCAGCCACGAACAGCGACACAAAAAGAGCGAGGAUACCGGCCCCGAAGAACGGACCAAAAAGAGAGCUGGCCCCGCUACGCUGGCACACCAAAACCCGAGCACCACCAGCAGCGGAAAGGAACAUCCACCGCCCCGGCUACACGCCGCAGCAGCAGCAGAGCGCGCCAUUUGUAAGUGGCGCCCUCUCUGGCUGGGGCCCGCAAGCAGCCAUUGUGAUUUCGCCGAAAGGCGGUAAGAGCAUCAUCGUCGCACAUUGUCCGCGGCAGGGCUGCACACCAGCCCCCACCGGGUCAGAUUUUUUUCGUUCUCGCUUCCAAAGCCUCUUCCUGUCGCGGGCCUGUCCCGUGCACGACGACAGCACGAUGAGUCACGACGCCAGCGCGAAGCGAUUCGAUGUCAGCCUCAAGCUCAGGGUGCUCGCGUACUACGACCAAGUGCGGAACAAAUACAAGGCGGCCAAAAUGUUCGGCAUCAGCGAGAGUUCGGUGAGGAAGUGGAUCAAGGAGGAACACCGGCUGCGCGCCCUCUCGUCCCAGGGCGUCCGAAAGACCGCGAACCGCGCGGCCGAGACGCGGGCCCUGUUCGAGACUUGCCUGGAACGCUACGUGCAGGACUGUCAGCAACGCGGAGUCAAGGCCAGGUACCGCGAUCUGCUCGCGCACGCGGCGCAGCUGAAGAAAGUGCACGGAGUGCGCGGCCUCAAGCUGUCAAUCGACUGGGUGGCGGGUUUCGUGCGUCAACGCAAGCUCGUCGGCAAGUGCGAGAGGCUGCCCAAGCACACCGCGUCUCCCGCCAACCACAGUGCCGGUUCAACGCGCAAGAAGGGAGUGCCUCCGGCCGCGUCACAUGGUUCGCGCAGCGCCAAAAGGUUGCCGCCGGCCAAGAACAACGCCGCCCGGUCCCUCGUAAAGCGUGCCAUGAGUCAACUGUCAUCCAAGGCUUCUCCGACCACGGCGAAGCGAAAGGCUCAGUCCAAGGCGCAUGCCGCGGCGAAGUUCAAGUCGAAGCAGGUGUCGUCAAAGGCUUCUUCCACCAAAGGCAGCGGCGGUAAGACCACCAAGACUUUGCCGAAAAACAAACCGACGAAGAAGGCGACUAAGAUGGGUAGCAAACUAAAAAAGACCGUUCUUACCAAAGUGAAGAAGGCUGCCAAUAAGUCGAAAACGAAAUUGGUUGCCACGGCGAAAAAGGGCCCGAACACCAAGUCAAAGCUGGCGCCUGUCAAAAAAACAAAGGCGCAGUCGGCCAAGAGUGCAGCCAUUGUCGCAAAGUACAAAAAGUGUCUGAUGAAAAAAGCGAGCCAGAAGCAUAAGUUAGGAAAGCCGAAAAAUAUUGUCACGUUGAAAAACAAGGUUCAAUCUGACCCAAAGAGUGUGAAGCACAAACAAAAAGUAAUCCAGAAACCUGACAAGGUUAUGGAGGCAAGCAAGGGCAAACCGUGCUCAAAGAAUGCAAACAAUACGGCUGCAGCAAAGAAAAUUAAAAGAAAUGAAGAAAAGAACAUAAAGUCUGAGAAAAAAGUAAUGAUCAUAAAGAAGGUAAUGAGUAAAAGCUUGAAGAAAGCUAAAGAAACUUUUAAUUGUGCCAAAGCCAAAAAGCCUGCAGAUAAAGAUAGCACACCUUCAAAACAGCCCCUGCAGAAGGUAAAGAAGCUGCCCGUAAAAAACAUGAGACCAAGGAGGCAACCGAUAAAGGUGUUUCGUACUCGGUAUCGAAUUAAAGAAAUUCAGAGGAAGAUUGAAGAAAACAGGUCUUCUGACUUCUUUGAUUUCUUUUAUGGCUUGGGCCUUAUACCAAUCAACAGAGAUGGGGAUGGUGCAAACUCCUUCUACAUCCCUUUCAUCCAGGGAUCACAAAAGAUGUAUGAUAGCACCAAGUACCUCUGCAACAAGGAUACCCCACUGAGGCCAAGCACGUCUGACCUAAGUGAUUGCCAGCCUUCGCCCCACACUCAGCUUCCCUCAAAGUACCCCAUCUGGACUCCAGUAAGGACAAGCACAAUCCACGACCCCUGCUCGUCUCAGAGUGGCAACCCCUGGCAGACAAGUCCACGAGGGCGUGAGGAGCACAUAAUCACUGACAGGUUCCCACAGUCCAAGUCUCCCGAGGAUGUUGUCUUUGCGGAAAAGUUCCACAAGGCAAGUCUGAAAUCGGAGGCUGCCCUCUCGCCUGGUGAAUCGCCAAUCACUCCAGAACAGUUGGCUGUGGUACGAAAGCUAUUUCCUCCCAUUGGCAGCUUGACGUUCCCAAGCCAGCGCAGAGCACCGGAUAGCCAAGUGACAUUCAACGAGCCUUUGAAGACAUCAGAACGAAGUUUACGGCCUCGAACCUCUGAGCAGACACAGCGUGUGAGCCUCUGCUCUCGCAAGCGCCACUACCAGAAACGGAAAAGGACCUUCUCUGAGCCAUCACGGUCUCCGGAAAGACGUCCCAACGGCCCCUCAGUGAGUGACAUUGACUGGUUGAGUGCAGAUGGGUUCCCCAGCUCUCCAAAGAAAAACUGCACAGGUGGCAGCAGCCCUGUCUACUCUUUUGGCGAGACGCGGCACUGUUUUCGCAAGGAACACUUUGAGGACAGUGCCUGCCCACCACACAUGCUGGCCAGCGGGAUAUGUGGGAAAAGUCCGAAGACUGCGGUUUGCAGCCCGAGCCGUGAAAGACCUGCAGGUUCCAUGUACGACUGUGCCAAACAUGUCGCUAGGGCCAUGCCAGCUAGCCCCAAAGCCACAUCAUCCAGCGAAGGCAAGGAUCUGUUCUUUGGCCAGGCAAAUAGACUGGCUACACUGAGAAAAAAACAGGACAGAAAUGAACCUGUGAUGCACAUUGCAAAAGGUCACCCAGACUAGUAGUUGCUUGCACCAAAGAACGUUUCCUUUGCCAUGCUGUAAGAGCCUCCACAGGCUUUGUUGUACAAUGACUCAUUACCUAGUAAUAGUAAGCCUGCAGCUUGCUUAGUAAAACCACAAGUGUUGAGCAAUAGCACCAUGCACUGCAUGGGAAUCCUGAAAAUAUGCUGCAGUUCUGGCUUUCUGCCACUGCACACAAAAUGUUUUGUCUUGAAAGCAUAUUCAGCCAGUAGUAGAAUGCACAUAUUUUGCUUGCUCAAUGCUUGCUUCAAUCUUGCCCAUGCCCCAAAGCACUUGUUGAUACUGGUGAUUCUGCAUAUCUUAUCUAGGAGUGGAACUGUUUUUGAUCAAUGAACGAGCCACAUUUAUAUAUAUUAAAAUAAAUGAUGUGCAGAAUGAUGUUUUGAAACUAUAUGUAGCAGUGCCAUUGUUGCUAGGAAUGUCACGUGCAUUCCAAGCUUUCCGCAUCUGGCAGUGUGAUGUAACUUUCCAGCCAGAGAACGUCACUAGCCAAAGUGAAAAGUGCAUCAUAGCUCUGAAACUUGAAAGAGAGGCAAGCUGUACAGGACUGUCGCAUCCAACUGAAACAAGCUGCGUACCUAGCUAGCUUAGGUCUUCGCUCUGCAGCUGAAUGAAAUGUGAAAAUUACAUUAACCGAACAUUUACAAUGUGCCACAAUGUCUUCCCUGUCCCCCCUUUCAGCCUUUCAUCUUGCCAUCGUCUUCUCUAGAGCUUUAUAAGUGCAAACUAGGCAUACUGAUGUAUUGCACAAGCAACAAAAUGUUCUUAAGCACUAUUUUUCCUCACUUUAGUGAAAGUUAAAUGGAAUGAACUGCAGCGAGCUUGCACUGGUUAACAGAGAGUGUGCGACUUCCACAUUGUAAAUAGCGAUACAAUUUUUGUGAUCUCUUGCGGAAAUCGUGAAACAGGGACGUAUCUUCCAUAUUACGAGUUGUGCAGUGGUUUGAUGUGGACUGAAUGUGUGUGGGUGUGGUGUGCAUGUAUGUCUAGUGGACUCCAAACAAGCAAAUGCUGUUCAACUUGUUUGACGACAACAGCUACUGUACAUACAGCAUGAAUAGAAAUAUGAGGACACGACUAUGCACGGCUUUGUGCUUGCCAGACACAGCUGCCAAUAGUAAUAAAUUUUUGCGCCACUGGUAGCAAUAAGCAGUUUGAGUUGCAAGCUGUUUUAAAUGCUUGUGACGCACUUUAAAAGCUACCAAACUGUUAUGAGUCGACUAUUGACUUGUGCACAGAUUAUGUGAAAAUCCCUUGUCAAUUCCAGACUCGCAUUUUCCUACGCAGUGCAAUGUCAUGGCUACUUGACUAGGUGUUCAAGUCUACCUCCAAAAAUGCAUUGCGACUCUUGAGACGAUGUUGUGCUCACCACUGCGACACUGAUUUAAUGAGCACUCUCUGCAAAGCUCUUUCUGCGUGUUUUUCUCUUUCUUUUGCAAGAGUAGGAAUGGUUUUGUACAUAAAUUGAGCCCUUGUUUUUCUCUUUGGGCCUUACUUAAAUGUGCGUUUGUCGCUGAUACCACAAGGUACAAAAGUGUGUUUUCUCUUGAGAAGUUUCCAACUAUCAGUUUUAUCCCAGUGGUUCCAACCUCUGGCCACACUUUUGCACAAAUAAAGACGGUUCAUUUUUGUA